UAAUAGUGUAUAUAAGCAGACACUCAUGCUCAUUGAUGUGCAAUAGUAAGCAGAUGAGCACCAUAAUUAUGGAUUUGCUGAAAAAGAUACUCAUUUUUGCUGUGAUUCUACUUUAUUCCGAAUCCCUCGUUGUUGCGCGUGUGCCACCACCGUGCAGCAGAUUUCCGCGUUCUGCACCAAGCUCUGACAGUGUUCAAAGCUAUCCUGAUGACGAACUCUGCUGCAUUGACUGUGAACAGCCGAACCGUCUGUGCCUUUUACUGAGAUCUCCGAACAAUGGUGUUGUCAGAGUGAACAAUGGCAGAGCUACCUACACUUGCAACAAUGGGUAUAGACUUUUUGGCUCAUAUUCUCGUUUUUGCUUGUCCAGUGGUAGCUGGUCUGGAUCUAAUCCCUCCUGCCAAUUAAUUUCAAGAGUUUGCCCUGUACUGAAUAACCCAAGCAAUGGUCAAGUGUCCGUUAGCUCACAUGUGAUUGGAGGGACAGCUACGUACAGCUGCAACACUGGGUAUGGACUGUCUGGUUCAUCUUCUCGUACUUGCUUGUCCAGUUGCAACUGGUCUGGAUCUAAUCCCUCCUGUCAAUUAAUUUCAAUAUGGACAUGCCCUGUACCGAUUAUCCCAAGCAAUGGUCAAGUGUCCGUUAACUCUUAUCUUAUUGGAGGCAUAGCUACUUACAGCUGCAACAUUGGGUAUAGACUUUCUGGUUCCUUUUCUCGUACUUGCUUGCGCGGUUGCAAAUGGUCUGGAUCUGAUCCCUCCUGCCAAUUAAUUGCAGAAAAUUGCCCUGUACUGAAUAACCCAAGCAAUGGUCGAGUGUCCGUUAGCUCUUAUGUUAUUGGAGGGAGAGCUAUUUACAGCUGCAACAUUGGGUAUAGACUAUCUGGAUCAUCUUCUCGCACUUGCUCAUCCAGUGGCAGCUGGUCUGGAUCCAAUCCCUCCUGUCAAAGAAUGUGUCCCACACUGAAUAACCCAAGUAAUGGUCGAGUGUCCGUUAGCUCUUAUUUUGAAGAAGGCAUUGCUAUUUACAGCUGCAACACUGGGUAUGGACUGUCUGGUUCAUCUUUUCGUACUUGCUCGUUCAGUGGCAGCUGGUCUGGAUCUAAUCCCUCUUGCCUAGGAAGGGGAGGAGGAGGAGGGGGAGGAAAUAGUAUCGAAGAACAAUUCCAGAAAAUUAUAUAAUUAUGCUGAACGACAGAUAAAAUUCUAUGAACACUAACAUGAUUGCUACUAUAAUAAUACUUAUUCUAUACUAGCUGGUAGAUCUUAUGUUGAUUUCU